AUGCUCGAAAGAAAACAGAGAAGUUCUUCUCUAAGUUGGCUUUUGGCUGGUUUAUUAUUUAAUUUUUUUAUUAAACACGCAUAUGCUACAGGUGUGAUAGCUCAAUAUGCUAGUGGGUGUAUACCAUCCACCCUUGAUAAGGCUGGCGAAAACAUGGGUUUUCAUGUUCAAUUCUAUCAUUAUAAUUAUUUGACGUAUAACCCCAAAAUUAAUACAGGUACCGCCGAUUGGGAUACCUAUGUGAGUUCUGAAUAUAUCAAUGGUGGUUUUGUUGAUUAUGGUAUGUUUGGUGAAACUUAUGGCGCUACCAAUUUGACAUACGAAUUUGUCCCUGAUAACACUAAUGUCGCUCUUCAAUUAGGAACUUUACCACCUGGGUUUGAUUAUUCAACACCGUUUUAUCUUACAAAUUGGACUUUCCUUGCUACUGGUUACUUUGUUCCACCAACCACAGGUGUUUAUACUAUAUAUUUGGACUAUAUUGAUGAUUUAGGUGUCGUUUCCUUCGGUGCCGAUGCAGCAUUUAGAUGUUGUUUACAGAAUUCUACCUCCAUUACUCCAAGAUCUUACCAAAUUGAUUCCUUGUGGUCCUCCAGUGGUCCUACAGGUGUUAACCAAGUUUCUGUUGCUCUAUAUGCUGGUGUUUACUAUCCUUUAAGAGUAUUUUACGUUAAUCGUCAAAAUAUCGGUGGGAUAAAUUUCGGUUACACAGAUCCAGAUGGUGUAUAUCAUAACGAUUGGUCUGAGGUUGUCUACAAUUUUGAAGACGCCUCUGAAACAUGUGAUGCUCCAAGUGCAAAUACAACAACUUACAAACCAUGGACUGGUACCUAUACAUCUACUAUUGCUACUAGUGUUCUUACUACGACUGGAUCAGAUGGUAUUCCAACUACCUCCACUAUUUACACAGUUGAAACUCCAGAUAUGAGAGCUACCACUACCACCUACACACCAUGGACUGGUACAUUCACUUCUACCAUUGGUACUAGUGUUAUUACCAGUAUUGGAUCAGAUGGUAAACCAACUAUAUCUACCGUUUACACUGUUGAAACUCCAGAAGCUGAUGCUGUUACUACCACCUACACACCAUGGACUGGUGCAUUCACUUCUACCAUUGGUACUAGUGUUACUACCAGUAUUGGAUCAGAUGGUAUUCCAACUACCUCAACUAUCUAUACAGUUGAAACUCCAGAACACGAUGCUGUUACUACCACCUACACACCAUGGACUGGUGCAUUCACUUCUACCAUUGGUACUAGUGUUACUACCAGUAUUGGAUCAGAUGGUAUUCCAACUACCUCAACUAUCUAUACAGUUGAAACUCCAGAACACGAUGCUGUUACUACCACCUACACACCAUGGACUGGUGCAUUCACUUCUACCAUUGGUACUAGUGUAACUACCAGUAUUGGUUCAGAUGGUAUUCCAACUACCUCCACCAUCUAUACUGUUGAAACUCCAGAAGUUGAUGCUGUUACUACCACCUACACACCAUGGACUGGUGCAUUCACUUCUACCAUUGGUACUAGUGUUACUACCAGUAUUGGAUCAGACGGUAUUCCAACUACAUCUACCGUUUAUACAGUUGAAACUCCAGAACACGAUGCUGUUACUACCACCUACACACCAUGGACUGGUACAUUCACUUCUACCAUUGGUACUAGUGUUAUUACCAGUAUUGGAUCAGAUGGUAAACCAACUAUAUCUACCGUUUACACUGUUGAAACUCCAGAAGCUGAUGCUGUUACUACCACCUACACACCAUGGACUGGUGCAUUCACUUCUACCAUUGGUACUAGUGUUACUACCAGUAUUGGCUCAGAUGGUAUUCCAACUACCUCAACUAUCUAUACAGUUGAAACUCCAGAACACGAUGCUGUUACUACCACCUACACACCAUGGACUGGUGCAUUCACUUCUACCAUUGGUACUAGUGUUACUACCAGUAUUGGAUCAGAUGGUAUUCCAACUACCUCAACUAUCUAUACAGUUGAAACUCCAGAACACGAUGCUGUUACUACCACCUACACACCAUGGACUGGUGCAUUCACUUCUACCAUUGGUACUAGUGUAACUACCAGUAUUGGUUCAGAUGGUAUUCCAACUACCUCCACCAUCUAUACUGUUGAAACUCCAGAAGUUGAUGCUGUUACUACCACCUACACACCAUGGACUGGUGCAUUCACUUCUACCAUUGGUACUAGUGUUACUACCAGUAUUGGAUCAGAUGGUAUUCCAACUACCUCAACUAUCUACACUGUUGAAACUCCAGAAGUUGAUGCUGUUACCACCACUUACACACCAUGGACUGGUACAUUCACUUCUACCAUUGGUACUAGUGUAACUACCAGUAUUGGCUCAGACGGUAUUCCAACUACAUCUACCAUCUAUACUGUUGAAACUCCAGAAGUUGAUGCUGUUACUACCACUUACACACCAUGGACUGGUACCUUCACUUCCACCAUUGGUACUAGUGUCACUACCAGUAUUGGCUCAGAUGGUAUUCCAACUACCUCAACUAUCUAUACAGUUGAAACUCCAGAACACGAUGCUGUUACUACCACCUACACACCAUGGACUGGUGCAUUCACUUCUACCAUUGGUACUAGUGUAACUACCAGUAUUGGUUCAGAUGGUAUUCCAACUACCUCCACCAUCUAUACUGUUGAAACUCCAGAAGUUGAUGCUGUUACUACCACCUACACACCAUGGACUGGUACCUUCACUUCCACCAUUGGUACUAGUGUCACUACCAGUAUUGGCUCAGAUGGUAUUCCAACUACAUCUACCAUCUAUACUGUUGAAACUCCAGAAGUUGAUGCUGUUACUACCACCUACACACCAUGGACUGGUACCUUCACUUCCACCAUUGGUACUAGUGUCACUACCAGUAUUGGCUCAGAUGGUAUUCCAACUACAUCUACCAUCUAUACUGUUGAAACUCCAGAAGUUGAUGCUGUUACCACCACUUACACACCAUGGACUGGUACAUUCACUUCUACCAUUGGUACUAGUGUAACUACCAGUAUUGGCUCAGACGGUAUUCCAACUACAUCUACCAUCUAUACUGUUGAAACUCCAGAAGUUGAUGCUGUUACUACCACUUACACACCAUGGACUGGUACAUUCACUUCUACCAUUGGUACUAGUGUUACUACCAGUAUUGGAUCAGAUGGUAUUCCAACCACCUCAACUAUUUACACCGUUGAAACUCCAGAUGUUGAUGCUGUUACCACCACUUACACACCAUGGACUGGUACAUUCACUUCUACCAUUGGUACUAGUGUAACUACCAGUAUUGGCUCAGACGGUAUUCCAACUACAUCUACCAUCUAUACUGUUGAAACUCCAGAAGUUGAUGCUGUUACUACCACUUACACACCAUGGACUGGUACAUUCACUUCUACCAUUGGUACUAGUGUAACUACCAGUAUUGGCUCAGACGGUAUUCCAACCACCUCAACUAUUUACACCGUUGAAACUCCAGAUGUUGAUGCUGUUACCACCACUUACACACCAUGGACUGGUACCUUCACUUCCACCAUUGGUACUAGUGUCACUACCAGUAUUGGCUCAGAUGGUAUUCCAACCACCUCAACUAUUUACACCGUUGAAACUCCAGAUGUUGAUGCUGUUACUACCACUUACACACCAUGGACUGGUACAUUCACUUCUACCAUUGGUACUAGUGUAACUACCAGUAUUGGCUCAGACGGUAUUCCAACCACCUCAACUAUUUACACCGUUGAAACUCCAGAUGUUGAUGCUGUUACCACCACUUACACACCAUGGACUGGUACCUUCACUUCCACCAUUGGUACUAGUGUAACUACCAGUAUUGGCUCAGACGGUAUUCCAACUACAUCUACCAUCUAUACUGUUGAAACUCCAGAAGUUGAUGCUGUUACUACCACCUACACACCAUGGACUGGUACCUUCACUUCCACCAUUGGUACUAGUGUCACUACCAGUAUUGGCUCAGAUGGUAUUCCAACCACCUCAACUAUUUACACCGUUGAAACUCCAGAUGUUGAUGCUGUUACUACCACUUACACACCAUGGACUGGUACAUUCACUUCUACCAUUGGUACUAGUGUAACUACCAGUAUUGGCUCAGACGGUAUUCCAACCACCUCAACUAUUUACACCGUUGAAACUCCAGAUGUUGAUGCUGUUACCACCACUUACACACCAUGGACUGGUACCUUCACUUCCACCAUUGGUACUAGUGUCACUACCAGUAUUGGCUCAGAUGGUAUUCCAACUACAUCUACCAUCUAUACUGUUGAAACUCCAGAAGUUGAUGCUGUUACUACCACCUACACACCAUGGACUGGUACAUUCACUUCUACCAUUGGUACUAGUGUCACUACCAGUAUUGGCUCAGAUGGUAUUCCAACUACAUCUACCAUCUAUACUGUUGAAACUCCAGAAGUUGAUGCUGUUACUACCACCUACACACCAUGGACUGGUACCUUCACUUCCACCAUUGGUACUAGUGUCACUACCAGUAUUGGCUCAGAUGGUAUUCCAACUACAUCUACCAUCUACACAGUUGAAACCCCAACCAACAACGGUGUUACCACCACAUACACACCAUGGACUGGAUCUGUUACAUCUACUAUUGGUACUAGCGUUAUCACUAAUACUGGUACUGAUGGUAUUCCAACUACGUCUACCAUCUACACUGUUGAAACACCAGCUAACCAUGGUGCUUCAACUACUAAUGUUCCAUGGACUGGAUCCGUUACUACUACUGUUGGUACUUCGAUUUUCACUACUACUGGUACUGAUGGUAAACCAACUACAUCUACCAUUUACACAGUUGAAACUCCAGAAAAUCAUGGCAUUAGUACUAUAUUUACCUCUUGGGGUGGUGCUUACACUUCAACUUAUUCCAUUAACAUUUUCACUGUUACUGGCUCUAAUGGAUUGUCUACCACUUCCACUAUUAUUUACGUUGAAACACCAGGAUUUGGUUAUUUUAACACUACCAGCUCUAAAUCAUCUCCAUUGACUACUAUUCCAGGUACUACCUCUACUUCUGAAACUGUUUCUCCAGUUAAUCCAACUACUGAGACAUCUGGAUUGCCUUCUAGUGUCACAAGAACUACUGUGAUUGUUACAUCUGGCAGAACUAUAACCUCGACUAUUGUCACAUGCGAUGCUACUACCACCAUUGUUCCAAACAACAACAACAACAAUAAUGGUGGUUCUAACAAUUCCGGUUCCGAAGUUUAUUCUGUUAGUUCUGAGACUUCCAAUACACCAGUUACUGUUACUAAGACUAGUGUAUUCACUACAUCUGGUAGUACCAUUACUGCUACUAUCACCUCCACUAUUGUUCCAAAUAACAACAACAACAACGGUGGAUCUGGUAGUUCUGAAACUGGUAAUACACCAGUCACUGUUACUAAGACUAGUGUAUUCACUACAUCUGGUAGUACCAUCACUGCUACUAUCACAUCCACUAUUGUUCCAAACAACAACAACAACGGUGGAUCUGGUAAUUCCGAAACUGCUAAUACACCAGUUACUGUUACUAAGACUAGUGUGUUUACCACAUCUGGUAGCACCAUUACUGCUACUAUCACUUCUACUAUUGUUCCAAACAACAACAACAACAACGGUGGAUCUGGUAAUUCCGAAACUGCUAAUACACCAGUUACUGUUACUAAGACUAGUGUAUUCACUACAUCUGGUAGUACCAUUACUGCUACUAUCACCUCUACUAUUGUUCCAAACAACAACAACAACAACGGUGGAUCUGGUAGUUCCGAAACUGCUAAUACACCAGUUACUGUUACUAAGACUAGUGUGUACACUACAUCAGGUAGUACCAUCACAUCUGUUAUUACAUCUACUAUUGUUCCAAACAAUAAUAAUGAAAACGGAUCAGGUUCUCCAGGCAAUGCUAGUGAAUAUGUUGAGACUAUUUCAUCUGGUUCUGUUCACACCACUGUUACCAAGAGUGGCAGUGGCAACUCUGGUAAUUCCAACAAUGUUGUUACUAAGACCACAUCUGGUGGAAAAGUCAUUACUACUACUAUUCAAUCAGAAACUGUUUCUAGUACAGCUGGUAUUGAAGUGCAAAGUAUUCAAUCUCAACCAGCAUCUAGUGGAUUAAUUUCUAUUUACCAAGCUGGUGCUGUUUCAAACAGAAUAUCCACUUUCAAGAUGUUCUUCACCCUAUUUGUCUUAUUUUUCAACUUCUAA